CUACCCACCUCUCUCAAGCCCAGGCUCCACCUGCCCCGCUGCGCACUCGCAAAUCUAGCUCCAGACUCUAGGGGAGGACCCCUGAGACCUGCGCGUCAAAGGAGAGCCAGCUGCAGCCUGGGCCGGGGUCCUGCUUCGGCGUGGCCACCGCGCGCCGCCGGAACUACGCUUCCCAGGCUGCCCCGCUGCAGCCGCGCGCCCCGCGCUGCGCCCGGCCCGGAGCCGCCUGUUGAUCGCAGUGCAAGCCGGGGGCCACGGAGCCGCCCCUGCUGGUCGACCGGAGCACUCGGGGCUCUAAAGGCUGCUGCUCAUCACCUUCUGCUUCGGGAUGGGUGCAAGCAAGGCGGUAGUGUGAAGGCCCGGGGAAGCUGGCCCACUUGAACGUGCCUGAGGAAGGUGCCUCUCCGAAACCAUGGCGCUCCCCUUUCAAAAGGAGCUGGAGAAAUACAAGAACAUCGAUGAGGACGAGCUUCUUGGCAAACUCUCAGAAGAGGAGCUGAAACAGCUGGAAAAUGUUCUAGAUGACCUAGAUCCCGAGAGUGCAAUGCUCCCAGCUGGGUUCCGACAGAAAGACCAGACCCAGAAAGCAGCCACUGGCCCAUUCGACCGAGAGCACCUCCUCAUGUACCUGGAAAAGGAGGCUUUGGAACAGAAAGACAGGGAGGACUUCGUGCCCUUCACAGGAGAAAAGAAAGGGAGAGUGUUUAUCCCCAAAGAAAAGCCAGUAGAAGCUCCUAAAGAAGAGAAAGUGACUCUGGACCCAGAACUGGAGGAAGCCUUGGCCAGCGCCUCCGACUCUGACCUCUACGAUCUUGCAGCUGUCCUUGGAGUCCACAAUUUGCUCAACAAUCCAAAGUUUGAUGAAGAAACAACCAAUGGCAAAGGUCACAAGGGGCCUAUAAGGAACGUUGUCAAGGGUGAAAAAGCCAAACCAGUAUUUGAGGAGCCCCCAAACCCCACAAAUGUAGAAGCAAGUCUGCAGCAGAUGAAGGCCAAUGACCCCAGCCUGCAAGAGGUCAACCUCAACAACAUCAAGAACAUUCCAAUUCCAACCCUGAAGGAAUUUGCAAAGGCCCUGGAGACCAACACCCAUGUGAAGAAGUUCAGCCUGGCUGCAACCCGCAGCAAUGACCCUGUGGCCCUUGCUUUUGCAGACAUGCUGAAAGUCAACAAGACCUUGAAAAGUCUAAACAUAGAAUCCAAUUUUGUCACUGGAACUGGAAUCCUGGCCCUAGUGGAAGCCCUGCGGGAGAAUGACACCUUGACGGAGAUCAAGAUUGACAACCAGAGGCAGCAGCUGGGGACAGCGGUAGAGAUGGAGAUAGCCCAGAUGCUGGAAGAGAAUUCAAGGAUCCUCAAGUUCGGGUACCAGUUUACCAAGCAAGGGCCACGGACAAGAGUGGCAGCUGCCAUCACAAAAAAUAAUGACCUGGUUCGCAAGAAGAGAGUUGAAGGAGACCGGAGGUAAACCUCCACUAACAGAGGUGAAGACGCACCAUGCAGCCAUCUUAAAAACAGGCACAAACUCAUCCUCCACGGCACCAUCUUAUCUAAGGCUGUUCGUUUCCGUUAACCAUAGGCGUCAUACUUUUAACCGUUACUCUUUUUUAGCACUACUUCUGUGAGGUUCUGAAAUGUGUGUAGCGGUUUGACUUGUUUCUGGACACACCUGGCGGCUUGUACCAAUAGGAUGAUACAGAUGUUAGCCAGUGACAGCACUGGAGAUGAUUAUAACCACUUUCAUAUUGGGUUGUCUUGCUUUUCCUCCAUGAACGUGUUUUUAAUCAUGGAAAGGGACUUAGCAUGUGUUUGUAGCUGAUUACAGUAGAGGCCUAUCUCUGUUUACAUGCAUCACUUUGAGCUAGGCUGAGUACAUGAGAAGUUAGUAUUUGCCAAUCUUCCACAAAUUCUCCGUUAAUUCCAGAAAAAUGUCUCUAUGUGCGCAUGCCCAGCUGAUUCACAGUCGGUGGGAUCCUUCUUAGAAAGCACUUCAAUAUAGCAUUAGCAAAUCAACUGUUUAUUAUUCUAUGAGUAUAUUGAUAAUUCACACACUUACCUUUACUGACUAUUAGACAUGAAAUAAACAUAUUUGUGUAGGUGUGUGGUACUGGGGAUUGAACCCAGGGCCUUGUACAUGCUAGGCAAGCACUCUACCCCUGAGUUACAUCUCCAACCUAAAUUAUAUUUAACAGACAAUUCUUUAUAAAGCCAUUUCCAGGUAUAAUAGAAAAAUUUUAAAUUUCACUAAAAGAAAAUUUCAAAAUGUUACACUCCCAAAUAAAACAGUAACAAUGACAUCUUACGGGCUAGAGAGAUGGCUCAGCAGUUAAGAGUGCUUGCUGCUUUUCUAGAGGACCAGGGUUCAGUUCCCAGCACCUAUGUCAAGCGGCCAACAAUGGCCUAUAACUCCAUCUUCGGGAGAAUCAGAUGCCUCCAGCCUCUGAGGACAUCCACACAUACCUGUACAUACCGCCCCCAUACACAUACACAUGAUUACAAAUAGCACCUUAAUCAAAGUUUCUGAUACAUAAGAUUGAGUGAAUUUGACAAAAAUUUAAAAGCAAUUAAUGCCUCAUCUUUGGCAUGACAGGUUCACAGGAUAAAUGGUGGGCAUUGUAGUUUAUUACAUAGAUUUUUUUUUUCCUAUGUUGCUUCUCUGCCUUUGGGCUCAAAUCAAGUGCCACUUUUUAUCACGUGGUCAAUCCAGACAUUUGCACACGUGACGUAAAAAUGCAUUGUCAGUGACUCAGAUAUUUGUCACCUCAAAGACAAAGCCGGCGGAAACACAACCAAUAUGACGGCAUUGAUUUCUUAGUGUAACAGUCGGACAGUGCAGUGCGAAACUAAGGUGACAGAUGACAGAAGCCUUUGGCUGCAUACCCCACUCCUCUCUCCUGUCAUUGGUGACAGCCUGUGACAGCCCCUGUCAGGUAGCUAAGGCUAGCUCCUCUUCUCACCGAAGUGACUCAAGAGCUGGCCAGAGGAACGGAAGGGAGAAUGCGUCCGCUUGGGCUCACAGUUUUAGGGUACCAUCCGCCAUGGCAGCUGGAGCACAGGUCACAUCGCACUCGCAGACAGGACCCUACCCGCUCACCCCUUUGUCCCCAGCCUGUGGGAUGGCGCUACCCACAUUCAGGGUGAGUCCUGCCUCCUUGGUUAGACGUCGCUGGGAACACCCUAUGUGGUUCCAGAUCCUAUCAGGCUGACAACGAGGAUAACUCAGUGUUUCUCUUUCUUCCCUGUCCUCUCCUUUCCUUACACAGCAUCCCUCUGGUUCCCUUUCUCUUUAGGACUCUGUGUCUUACAGAGAUGAGACUCUUGUACUGUAGGCAGAGCGGAAGCUGCCAUCCCUGGCAGAUCUUGGGUCUAGGCCUGUAUAGUUUUAGUGACUAGUGACUAUGAGCUCUUGAGUUGCUUGGUAGCAGGGAGACAAGUUAAUGGGUGAAUAACUUAGCUUGAAAAGCACUUGGAAGCGGGUGUGGCAGUGCAUGCCUUUAAUCCCAGCACUCGGGAGGCAGAGACAAGCAG